AACCAUUAAUUUGUCAACAAAAAUAGAAAGACUCCACCCAAAUACCUCAUUGAUCAAGAAACUCAAAGACGACUUCAUAUGAAAAUCAUUCUACAAUUAGAAGACCAGAUCUUAGAAGCUUCGUUUCCAGUGCGAAACACAGAACUUAUCACUGCAGCCAAAUUGCAGGAUUUCUCAAUUAAAAAUCCCAUAUUACAUACAACGAAUUCGUUGACUUGAUCAACUAAUCAGUCAACAUCAUCACAUAAUCACAAAUAUGGUAUAUUCUAUAGUAUAUAGUCUCAGUUUUUCAGUUUUGCUUGCAUACUAUGUUCAAUAUUAUCCUUUUUAAAAUCUUUAAUUUCUUGUUUUUUUGCUAUAAGGUUUGUGGGUAAUUGACAAGUAAUCCCUUUUGCUAAAAAAAGUGUUUAACUUAUCUUUAGAAUUCCCAAUUUCUUCCGUUUAAAGCUCAUUGCUCCCAAUCCUUUUUCGUUUUUCCUUUUUCUAAUCUUCAGUUGGUUGAAAACCUGUUGAAUUUUGAAGAAUUCUAUUUUUUUGGCUCAUUACUUUACCCAAGUGUUGUUUUGAGAAAAAAUUACUGAAUUAUACUGAUUUUUGUGGGUUAUAUUCAAUAAUUGUGGUAUAUUUUAUAUUUAAGUUAUUGAAUUUUUGUGGGUUUGUUUGGAAACUUGGAAGGGAGAAGUUUAUUAGAUGUGAAUAAUUUUGGGGUUUUUAUGGAUGUGAAUUUCAGCGUAAUUGAAGGAAGAUUGAUUAGUUGAGUGCAUCUUGAAACAAAAAGCUACUGAAUUUAGCACAUUUUUCUGGAUUAGAUUCAAAAAUUGUGUUUAGUUACUGAAUUUUUGUGGGUUUGUUUGGAAUUUUCAUAAAAUGUUUUUUAGAUGUAAAUAAUUUUAGGGCUUUUAUGAAUGUGAAAUUUCAGUUGGAACUUGAAGGAAGAUUGAUUAAUUGAUGAAUUUUGGGAAUGGGCUCUAGUAGAGAAGUUUUGAGUGAAACUAGAGAAAGGAUGGUGGUAGACAACAAGAUCUUUGUGGCUGUAAGCAAAGAGUUAAAGGAAAGUAAGUCUACGCUGUUAUGGGCUUUGCAGAACUCAAAUGGGAAGAAGAUUUGUAUCAUUUAUGUUCAUGUGCCUGCCAAAAUGAUUCCCAUGCCAAUGGGUGGAAAAUUUCCAGUUAGCCGAGUGGGAGAAAAUGAGCUCAAGGCAUUUCGAGAACAGGAAAAUGGAAAGAUGCAAGCCAUUCUGGAUGGUUAUCUUCAAAUUUGUGCUGAUGUUGGGGCACACGCUGAGAAAAUGCAUAUUGAAAUGAAUUCCAUAGAGGCCGGAAUUGUGGAAAUGAUAACUCAACAAAGAAUCAGGAGCCUUGUCAUGGGUGCGGCAGCAGACAGUAGAUUUUCUAGGAGAAUGAUGGAACCUAAAUCAAAAAAGGCCAACUACGUGCGCAAGCAUGCGCCUGAUUUCUGUUGCAUCAGAUUUGUAUGCAAGGGUCGUUUAAUCUGUACGAGCAAGGGUGUGAGGGAACCGAAUUCGGAUGUUGGAGGGAGGUUAUCAAAUUGUUCAGAUAAUGAUCAACACAAUGCUGGCAUUCUAAGUCGAGAAUCAAGUUCUAGUAUUGGACAUUCAGAUUUGGAUGGAUAUGAAGAGUGUUUUGAUAAAUCUGGUCAUUCAUCAAGAAGUAGUUAUUCACAGUCCUUGGUAUGUUCACGAGAAACUGAAUCGGCCUUUAGCUCACCUUGUUCAUCACUUGGAAAAGAAGACGUCAGAGAAUCUGGUCUGGAUCUUUUGGCUCUACCUGGACUUCCUCCGACUAAAUUUCAGGGUUCAUCACCUCCUAGCGUACUGGAGAGCAAUAGGAAUGAUGAUCCAUAUGAUCAGGUUCUGCAAGCCCUGACACAGGCUGAAAUUUCAAGGAGAGAUGCUUUUGAUGAAUCCAUGAGACGUAGGAAAGCCGAGAAAGUGGCUAUGGAUGCAAUUUGCAAGGCAGCAGCUACUGAAAAUUUGUAUAGUGAGGAAUUUAAACAACGAAAAGAGAAAGAAGAAGAAUUGGCUAUGUGUAAGGAGGAACUUGAAAUCUCAAAGAGCCAAUGGGAAAAGGUCUCGCAGGAACUACAUGAGGCUUUGGAUCAGAAGUUAUCGCUUGAAACCGAACUCGAGAAAUCCAAACUUAAUGAGAAGGAUAUGGAAAAUAAAUUAUUGUCAGCAGUUGAGUUGUUACAAAAACUCAAGACUGAACGUGAAGAAUUGCAAGUAGAAAGGGAUCAUUCUCUCCAAGAAGCUGAAGAGUUGAGGAAACGAUUUCCCGAGGGAUCAUCCAACGCACAUGUUCCCUUUUACUUCUCUGUAUUCUCUUUCUCAGAUCUGCAAAAUGCUACUAAUAACUUCGACCCAUCCUUAAUAAUCGGGAAGGGGGGUUAUGGGAAGAUAUAUAAAGGUUUUCUUCGUCACACUGAAGUGGCAAUAAAAAUACUUGAUCCCGAAAGCAAGCAGGGUCCUCAAGAGUUUGAGCAAGAGGUGGAUGUUCUAAGUAAGCUGCGGCAUCCGAAUCUAGUGACUCUUAUGGGUGCCUGCCCCGAAUCAUGGGCUCUUAUCUACGAGUAUCUUCCCGGAGGAAGCCUUGAGGAUCGACUUGCCUGUAAGGACAACACUCCUCCACUGCCAUGGCAAACAAGAAUCCGAAUAGCCACCGAGUUAUGCUCUGCCCUCAUCUUCUUACAUUCAAGCCGACCUAGCUGUGUUGUACACGGAGAUCUAAAGCCUUCAAACAUACUACUUGACGACAACCUGGUUAGCAAGCUAGGCGAUUUCGGUAUAUGUUACGUAAUUCCAAAUAACGAAACCUCAAUGGAACAGGCUGCAAAGUUUUGUACCCAUGAACCAAGGGGGACUUUCACAUACAUGGACCCUGAAUUACUUAGAACCGGAGAACUUACCCCCAAGUCCGACAUUUUUUCUUUUGGGAUUAUAUUGCUGCGGUUGUUGACCGGUAAACAAUCAAAGGGUAUAGGAAAGGAAGUUGAAUAUGCUUUGGAAAAAGGUACUCUCGAUUGCAUAUUAGACUCUUCAGCUGGAGAUUGGCCAUUUGUCCAGGCUGAACAGUUAGCUCGCAUGGCUCUGAGGUGUUGCGACAUUUAUGGAAGAAAUCGUCCGAACCUUGUAUCAGAUGUAUGGAGGGUUCUUGAACCCAUGAAAGUUUCUUGUCAAAGCUUUCAGCGAGCUUCGGAUGACUACAUACCACAUUAUCUCUUAUGUCCUAUUUUCCAGGAAAUAAUGAAGGAUCCACAGAUCGCUUCUGAUGGUUUUACAUAUGAAGCCGAGGCUAUCAAAGGCUGGUUUGAUAGCGGUCAUGAAACAUCACCUAUGACUAAUUUAGAACUUGCAAACCAUGAUUUGAUCCCCAAUCAUGCUCUUAGGUCUGCCAUUCAAGAGUGGCUUCAACACCACCGAAGAAGUGCGUAAAAUCCCUUUUACUACUAUCUUCGUCUUCUUCUAUUCCCCGUUAGGCCACUAGUUUCGGCUUUAGCUUAUGUUUGAGUAGGCGAUUUGUAUAGAAUCAAUUCAAUGGUAUAUCUAAUCUUAGUUAAUUGUGGGUUGGACAUAUUGAGGUCUAGUUUAAUGCUUCCUUAAACCAAUUGAAUUGUAGUGAGAUUGUUACUAAAUAGUGAUUGUUUACUUAUUAACGUUCAAGGUGGCUAUGCCAUGGAUUUGUGGUAAACGAUAUUCUCGUUCA